ACACUCGCUGCUGCGAUUGUCGUAGCAGUUUUAUAUUUUAUGGAUAAAUUCUAUCAGAGAAAAGAAAUGUAUAGAAACAAUCUUAUUCUAAAAGAAGAUCAGUUGUUUUGGAUUCCCACGUACAACUCUGUGCUCCUGGAUCAAUGGCUUUUGCUUUGCGAAAGACACACAGAAUCUAGGAACUUAACGCAAACGUCCAAUGUCGAAAGUAAAUGUGUCACUGACAAACCAGAGGUGUUUAUAUGCACUACCAUGUACCGAGAGACCAAAAAAGAAAUGAAGCAGUUAUUGAAAUCAUUUAAAGCCCUGCUUUUAAAGAAGGAUAAAGAGUAUGAUUGUCAUAUCCACAUAUUUUUUGAUGGUGCAUUUGGCAAGGAAGGAGAGCGAUUUGUCGACCAACUUAAAUCGCUAUUAAAGGACUUAUUCGAUCAAGGUUCUGAUUUGUGA